AUGGGUAUGCUGUAUGUUCGGGUCGGACGCGCGCCCCCAAUGAUCACAUAUAGUACCAGUAUGUCUAUGUGCGUCCCAGAGGAGGGCGCCUUCGAGGCCUCGCUGCGCGAGGAGCUGGGGCGUCGGCGGCUGGCGCGCGCCCGGCGGAUUGUCCCCUGGGCGCAGGUUCUCGUGGUCAGCAUGGCCUGCACCUUCACGGCCAACAGCGGACUGAUCGGUGGAUCCGGGAAAAGAUUUGGGUCAACGGUUCAAGAUAUUGCCAUUGGCAUCACUGCCGUCAUCGUGAUCAUCAUGUGGAUAUCGCAGUGGAUGGGCGUCUCUGUGGUAACUCUCCGGAGUUUGGACUAUUGGUAUUCUGCGUUUAUGGCUUGCCUGGUCGCCUACAUGUCACCGUUUGCCAUCCGGGCUGAUUUGGUAGCCUAUCGCAUGAACGUUUCAAUAUGGUUUGUUUUCCUUUGUCUUUUCAAUCUGAAGCCGUGGUUUAAUUUCAUAUGGUUGCUGAUGAUUAGCAGCACGUUCUGCUGCACGCUAUUGUUUGGGGAUCGCGCCGAGAGUAUGAAGGUCGCCGAUUAUAAUUCUCAAUCGGCCUUAGCUGACUGGCUGCAGAACUUUUGUGCCGUGGUCCUCGUGCUUCUCUUCUUGAACCAGCUGCUGACCUACAUCGCGCGCCUGGAGCUAGAUACCAAGUUCUCUCGGAACGAGCUGGCGGCUGCUACGUCGGUCCUCACCAGUGUAUGCGAGGUGGUGGUUGACCUCGACGACAAGUUCAGGCUGCAGAGGCAUUCGCGGGAGUUGACUGACAUGCUUUUCCUGAAUCCCCAGCGCAGGCUUUGCCAGGAGGACAUCCGCUCUUUCUUGGCAUCGGAGUCCGACCGCAGAAAGUUCUCGAGGCAGAUGGGGCAGAUGGUGUUGCCAGACAGUCCAGAGGAUGGUCCACACCCGAGCAAUACCUUCCAGGUGUCGAUGAAGGACAGCACGGGCAACUCUGUGAACGUGAACGUGAUCGCCGUCUGCUACACUGGCCGGGACGGGGUCCAUGCGUUCAUGGUGGGAAUCGUGGAGGUCUGCGAUUCGAUGCCCUUGCCCAGUUUGGGGAGCACGCUGGAGACCAGGCGCCAACGACAGCGCAGGCCCAGGCAGGACUCGGCGGGGCCACAGGCAGCACCCCCCGCAGCGCCCCUCGGCCCGCCCGAGGAGGCCGAGGAGGCCGAGAGCAGCGGCAGCGGCAGCGGCAGCGACCCGAGCGCCCUGGGCCUGGAGCAGGCGGAGGGUGAGCAUCUCGCCGUCUGGAUCAACAUGGCCUCGGCUGGCUAUUGA